GAAGAACUUCUAUCUUACUUCGGCUCCAGCUUUAACCUCCUCUGCCUGCAGCGGAUAUAUAGAUGUUACUCCGUAUUUUUUUUUUGUUUUUGAGAUCAAGAUAUUACUCGGUAUUAUUUACGUUUUCUUGAUCUCACAAAUUUAAAAAAAAAAAAAAAACAGUAUCAUGCCGACGAGUUAUAGCGAUAAGUUUGGAAUAUGGUUCCCGCAGCUUGGGUUUGUUUUCCCUCUAAUGGUCUUCACAGGAUUGAGACUUGGAAUUGGAACUGCAGUUUCUUCAUAUCUACGCCUGCAUAAGGAGGAGGCUAAGGAGGAGGCUAAGGAGGAGCCUAAGGAGGAGCCUAAGGAGGAGGCUAAGGAGGAGCCUAAGGAGGAGGCUAAGAAGGAGGCUAAGGAGGAGGCUAAGAAGGAGGUUAAGGAGGAGGUUAAGAAGAAGGUUAAGGAGGAGGUUAAGAAGGAGGUGGAGGACCGAAUAAGUGCAUUGACAAAUGAAAUUCUGUGCUCCAUCCUCUCACGACUGGAUACAAAAGAUGCGGUUAGGACUAGCGUAUUGUGUAGUCGGUGGAGAAACCUCUAUCUUUUUCUGCCUAGUUAUUCUUUUGGCUGCCCAUGUGUGGUGAUGUUUCCUUUUUGCCUGUGUAGUUGUACUGCUGAGUACAAGAUUCUGACUGUCAUGGAUAGGUUUUUUCAAAUCCAUAGAAGAGCUGGCUGUGAAAAGAUCAAAUCUUUCAGGCUGUCAUUCUGUGUUAAGACAGAUUUCACAUGCCACAUUGAGCGAUGGGUGCAUCACCUUGCUGGAUUGGGUGUGGAAGAGCUUACGCUGAAGUUGUGUUAUCAAGGGGAAAAGAUCACAGUCCCGCUUCAGAAGCUUGUGUGCAAAGCAGCAACAUGUAGGCUCACGUUGCUGCAUUUGACCGCAAGCAAUAUGGAAUUAGAACCCUUCAAUCCCCAACAACAGUUCAAAUAUCUGACAUCCAUAAAGUUGAUUUUUAUCGAUUCAGUUGACGUGCAGAGCAUAUUGUCAUCAUGCCCGAAACUUGAGUCUCUAUCGUUGGAGUAUUGCUGUCUUUCUUCUAAUGAAUUCAUUGUGGAAGGAAAACAUCUAGAGUUGAAGUCAUUAACCAUUUUCAAGUGUAAUGGGAAGGAGGUGGAGGAGAUAUAUUUGUGUGCUGAAAACCUUCUGACCUUGAAACUUGGUUUAUAUAGUGAUUUAGCAUUGAAGUUCUCUCAUCCUUCCCAUCUCCCCAAGCUCCAACAUGUCAGCUUGGAGGUAGUAUACAAUGGUCAUUUGCUUCAAAUCAUUAGCUGGGUAGCACAGGAUUGUUCUCAGGUUGAAUCUUUUUGUGUUGAGUCGUGGUCGCGCACAAGCCAUGUGGCAUAUGGUUUGCCUCUUAAGGUGCCCACAUUUAGCCGUUUGAGGCAGCUUGACAUACGAAUGGAGUUCAAUGACUUGUUUGAUGUGACCCAGAUUGCUGAUUUAAUCAUCCACUGUCCACUGCUUCAGAUAAUGCAUUUGGUGGGAAGGGAGAGAAGAACACCACCCAGGCCACUUGGUGCAAGGAGUCUAUCUCCCAGAAGUCAUCUUCAUCUUCAUCUAAAAGAAGUAGAAUUUGGUGGGUUCUAUGGCUUUGAUAAUGAGAUUUCUGUGGUAUUGUACAUCCUGAAUAGUGCUUUGGCUCUCGAGAGGAUGGUUUUGAGAAGGGAUUCUCGCUAUACUGCAAUAUUUAAUAAGAGUAAAGGUUACCAAGAGCUCAGUUGGUGUCAAGAAUCACAGCGUACUUCAAAAUUUGAUGAGAGCAAAUCACAAGUAAUCCAUCAACAAUUGCGAGGGCAGGCUGCUUCUCCAACAGUGCAAUUGCUCGUCAUUUAGGCUGUCCUCUUUUGUGUUCGAUUUUUCUGUUUUAACUUGUUUAGUUUGAACUAGUUUGGUUUAUGAGUUAUCAUGUGAUUCUUUUUUAACUAAUAGGAUUUAGUACAUUAUUCAUAUCGUAGAAUUAGUACAUUAUUCAUACUGUAGAAUUUGUAGUUUUUUUUUAUAACUGAGAAACAAUAAUCGUACAGGUUUAUCCUUGCUGAAAAUGAAAACAGAUUUUCAC